UCCUCAUUCACUGGUGUGUAGGAAAACUCCAGAACACGUCGACUCUUGCUGGUGGAUGGCAGCACAUGUAACAUCGGCAUCCAAUUAAAAAUUGUGAUGCGCCGUGGAAAAUUGUGUUCAAUGGCUAUCAGUUGUGGCACUUAUUGGCGAAAUAAUUGAACUUCCCCCGACGACGCGGCUUGAGUAACUGCAGACAAAGUGCCAUUUUCCGGUUUCGAAAAUAGUGUAGAACGGAGUGCCAGUGCUUUUCUCGUCCUAGAUGCACAAAAGUUAAUAGUGUUUUCCUUUUAGCUAGGUGUGAAAAGUUUUUGCGCAAGAUUUUCCUCGCCUCGGCCUAGUAUUCGGGAGUUACAUAUGCAGAAUCUGCGAAAAACAGGUCGGCAAACGUUUUCAUACGAAUUCCGAUGGUCUGUUGCCAUUUUGCAAUGUGAUUGCAGUCAUUAGUGUCCUGUCGAAAAAGGAUAUAUGAGUACCCAACAAGGGUGAGAAGGAAAAAUGUGUCUGUGAAAUGAUGAUUCACCUAAAGGAUAUCUGUGUAUACCUAGACCGAAUGCGAUUGUGUAAUUAGUCGGUUUUCUCGACACAGGGGACAGUAAACACAAAAAGAGGAUCUUUCCGGAAAAGUGAAAGGAGUCAUACAUUAAAAAGCUAUUCGUGCUUGAAACAGGAAGGCCAAGUCUAAACGGAGCAAUCAUCUUCCGCAACGUAAAAAGUGUAAUAAACGUCACCCCGGACGAACUCACACAUUCGUGUACGAACCAAGACUGCACACCGUUCGUCCUGCCAAAUGACGUCGCAGAAGAAUUGCACCACCACAGCAAGUAUUGUAACCAGUGCCAGCACAGCCGCCCACGCUAGUAGUAGCUCCAUCAGCACCAGUAACGCCAUCGGCACAUCAAGCCACAUCCCGUCCGCCCUGACCGUUUCCAGUAGGAUUUUGCGGUCGCCUUCGCACGAGAGCUUCUCGACGGAUCUUUCGUUGAUAUCUAUUUCGGUCUCGUCGAUGGCAUCGGAAGCGACCAGCGUGCUGAAUCGGUCCAGCUGCAGUCUGCUGACCAAGACCAUGGAGGACAAACUGGGGAAUCUUAUGCUGAAGGAUUCUAAGAAAAAUCGAUCAUCAACGCUCACGGAGAAAUGGAGCGAGAGCAACGACCUGAUUCGUAACUGUGCAACACUUUCAGCUGCCCUCGGUAUACACAAGAGUUUCAGUACGACCGACAUCUACCAGCUGCCGUCCGAUCAGCACAACCUUGGUGGCAGACUGUCAACUUCGGAGCUGGCACUGACUCCAUUCCAGAAAGCCGGGUAUCUGUUCGACCAUCCCCGCCUCGACCACACAUCCCGUUCCUAUUCAACCUGGGUGGCCGUAGGAGAGCUUGCUUCCACAUCCCAACUGCCUUCGCCCCACGGCGGACAAUCCUCCAAUCAGGUUCCCACGAUAUGCAAUGCAACGCCCACGCCGAGCUUCACUGUGUCUGACCUGAUUAGUUCGGUUAACAAGAAAAUUCGCCAAAACUACAUCCGACGACGGCUGUACAACACAUACCGUGCCAUCGAAAGACUGUCCCAGAGCGAGUUCAACCUGGAUCGCUUGGAGGCGGCUGCGUUCGCUGCCAACAACUUCAGCAAUCCCGGCCCAACGGAACUCGUCGUACCUACAACUCAUGCUUCCGCAUCACCAGUCGGUGGUAAGUCCGUCAAUUUGGAUUCCAGCCCGGUGGCUACGGGGUCGGCCAGCCCAUCCGCUACCCCCAUGAUAUCGGCUGCGGCCCCACAGUCGAAGAAGUCUUCUAGCAGUGGCAAAUCGAACGCCAAGAAGAACCUAACCUUUUUGGACAUAGAAAGCGAGAGGGGUAAACCUCUGUCGAAGUACGAGCGCCACAUGCUCAUCUUCAACUGGUUGCACACAAUCGACGAUUCGCCAAUGGAGAUCGAGAACUGAUUGGCCUAGAGUGAGUAAAACUUCUCAAAGAGUGAUUCGGCCUGGUAGUAAGGUACAAAGCAGGUAAAUCGAAUCUUAGCGUUUUUGUAUGGACCUACAACAAACAAAACAGAAAUAAUUCUCGAUGUUUAACUUCUUUACUGUUAUCCGUGACAUUACACAUCAGAUUGUGGGAAUGAAAAUUACCGAUACAAAAGUAUUAUGAGGAGCGCAAAUACGUAGGUUACACAGAAACCCAAAACAGCUAAAUUUUAAAACAAUGAUCAAUAUAAACCAACAGUAAACAAUGAAAAUAAGAAGCUUUCUACCUAUCGCGGCUUAAUUAUUGUUUAGCUGAUCGCGCGCAGGUACUAGUUUUUACUUAUUAUGUAGGAUAGGUCUAAUCAAACUGAAAAAAAUAAUCGGGCGAAAAAGUCAUAAAAAUGUAUGACAAACAAUUAAAAGUAUUUGUACGUAGAUAUCUACAAAUAUUAUAAUUUUCUGUGAUAUGUUGCGAACCGUAGGGAAGUUAAUUUUGACAACUAUAAAUAAAAGGCAUUACAUGAAGUAGGUAAUACAAAGUAGAUUAUGUUCUCCUUUGAUAUAGGAAAUUCCUUCAGUGUAUUAAUUUAUAAACGGGUUCUAACAAGUUCGUAAACUUAUUUGUCAAAGAUGUGACUAAUUUCGAUUUUAUCAAUUUUAACACUUCGGCUAAUUUAUUUAAUUUGGUCAACUUGAACGAUUUGCAUUUUAUUGCUGGACUAAAGCCAUCCUGCAUAACUUUUGACACUUGACAGGUACGGCAAAUCUGAGUAAUGUCAAAGCAGCACACAUAAUCAGAGGCAAUACCGAAGCGUGCAUACUGCAUAUUAGACUGGCCCAGGAUAGGAAAAGUUGUCGGAUUCUACGGGGCACCCUCCAGGAUUGUGCCUUUGGGUGAUAAAAUCAAUCUCUGAAAAUUUCAGCUCAAUCGCUUGUUGCAUAAGCUGGCGCAUCCACUUAGACUUGACGGAUCUGGCUGAAAUUUUUUUUCAGUUUCUGGGAGAAAAAAAACUUUAUUUUCAGGGGGUAUACUGCCGUCAUACGCAUAUUUGUCCCAUGUUUGCUGGGAUUUCCUAUAUACAUGGGACAGUUAUGCGUAGAACGGCAGUAUACGUCUCGAAAAAAUGAUUUUGAAUGUUUUCAUAUAAGUGUAAUCUACCCUAAUCUCUAGCUUUCCGUUGGCGUUCAUGUCACUGCAUAAUAUUGACCUGAAAAUGGGAAUAACGAUACUGGGCUCACAACCGGAAGCACUCCCCUACUUUUGGAAUAAAUGGUGAAAUUGAAUUGAAACGGCUAAUCUGUUUGCUUUUGAUCAAUGGCUUUCAAUCAAAUGGGUACCCAAUGAUCAAGAUUCUUCCAUCCCUACCAAAAUCUAGUUUUUAACUGACCAAACCAAAUCUCGUCAUUCCAAUACCAAAGAAAAACGAAAUGCAUCCAAAUGUCGGCAAAUCUUCCUUUGCAGCGAGCCUUCCGCCGUUGCUAUGGAACCGGCUCUUAUUUUGCUAGCCCAGGAGACGUCUUCGGCUAACGACAUAGACAAAGCGAAGUGAUGUGACGAAGGAAAAGGAAGCGUUGGCGAAGAAGCUGACUCAACAACUGUUCUAUGGAAAUCAUCUAGCCCUGGCAUACUGAAAGCGAAUAGAAGAGUUCAUCAAAGCGACGAGGCUGGCUAUGUGAUGCUUUGACGCUAGGCAACGCAGUAGGUCUUGGUUACGUGUUUGGUUGAAGUAAUCCAGCGGAAAAUAUCAAUGUCACGCGUAGACUGUACAGAAUUGCACGAUUUUACAAACACUUCCAGUAUGUCACAGAACGCUCUCCUCAUAACUUAUCUAAUCUCCAUCUAAUCUCGUCUUUUCUAUUCUCCUUCACUAUGGCAUCGGCCUUCCAGUAUUCCUUUAACAGGGUAAACACACGAACCUGGUAUUCGUCUUUGUUCGGAAUAUCCUCAAGGGAUGCUCCUCCCAAGUUCUCAUCGGAAACCCAUCCUCAAGCACUUACCGUCUGCGAACACCAGGCAGGUUUUCGUGAGAGCCGAUCAACGACGGAUCAAAUGAUUAUCCUGCAGAUGAUUCUUGUUAAAUUCCGGGACUCCAAUUAGCAGACUCACCAUGUGUUCAAAGCGGUGUACGAUUCAGUGUUUCUGAGUGAAUGAAAUAAGUUGUAGCAGAUAAUGUCUGAACAUGGUUUUCCGGCGAAACUGUCUAGGCAUGACGUGCGACGCUUGAUGGCACGAAAUCAAGUAUUGGAUUGUGGACAAAGUGUCAACCUCGUUGAUGACCUUAGAUGGAUUCAAGCAGGGUGAUGUUCUUUCGAAUUUAUUAUUCAACAUUGCAAUCGAGAGCGCGAUUAGAAGAUCUGGUGUGCAGAUGAACGGCAC